UAGGGGCAGAACAGAGAGAUUUGCAAUCGUAUCCACCGUCCGUUGGAUUCUCAAUUCGAUGAAUGAGAAAAUCGUCGACGACACGAACAGCCGCCAAGGCGCAGACCAAAACAACGAUCGAACUGCCCAUUCUGGGUCUUGUUCUUCUUCCAAGUCAAGUCCAACACAACCACAACCAGAAUAUUCAGUUACAGAAGAUGAAGAGUUAAAGAGACUACUACUGCCCAAUGUCCACGACCUUCCUCUCACUCCACCUUCUGCUAUUCAAUCCAACUUCGUCACUUACUUCGCUCCUGAUUUUAUGAAACCUGGACACGAUCAGUAUGUUCAUCGGCACCCCAAUGGCUUGUGUGUAAUUGGGUUGGCUCCGACACACGUGGCUUUUAAGGAUAAAGGAGGAAUUACAGACGUAGAUUUCAAUAUAGGCAAGUCUGAUCGGAGUGGGAUUAAGGUCACCGGAAAGCGCAAGAAGAAUGCACAACAUUUUGAGUCGAACACAGCAUUGUGUAAAGUAUGCACAAGUGAUGAUUCUUAUAUAGUGAGGUGCUGUGUAAAAGGCUCUCUAUUGGAAGUCAAUGAGGGGCUAAUCAAGAAACCAGAACUGCUUAAUUUAUCGGUAGGAAUAAGCAUCAUGUCUGUUCUUUAAUUUACAAUCACUACUCUUUUUCGUUUUGAUCGUUCAAGCUCUUUAUGCUCCAAAUUAUCUUACUGUCACUUCAAAUAUUUCCAUAAGCAUUUUUUGAAUUGUUCCCCAUUUCUACAGAAAAAUUGUGAUAAAGCAUAUGUAGUAAGAAGUAUUGUUGUAUGCAUGUUUUUUUUUUUUUUUAAAAUUUUAAUUUCAGCUUAUUUGUUGACUUUUCUUAAAGGAAAUGGCUCACUAUUGUUUAUCACAUUAAUCAAGAGCAGUUUCAGUUUUGACAUUUACACUUUUGUCUUGGGAUAAUAAGAAGUUAAUCUAUACUUCAGUUUGCUAAUAUGGCUGCUGUUUAGUUGUAGACAGUGGAAAACCUUGGGUAAUAAGGGGAUGGAAAGUGACUGUUUUAUGACCUAUUAGUCCAUAGGCUAAUCAAAAGUAUAUCUGAUUUGCAAAAAUACAAAGCAAAGUAUUGCUGGUACUAGUAAGGUUUCUGUUCUCCUAUGCUCUGUUAUUCAUUUAAGGGAAACAUGGUUGGCUGCUUGUCCUUUCUCUAGCAAUUUAAUGAUGGGCCUUACUAGUUUCUUCCUGCUAUAAAAAUCAAUCAUAUAGCAGCUGACGGUUUGGUGUUUAUACUUGAUAAUUUAGAAUUUAGAUCUUUGUUGCCUUUCAUGUUCUCAAAGGAUAAUCAGUUUGCAAAGUUAGUUUUGUCAUUUGUUAUGGUAACAUGUUUUACUCACUGUGGAAAGGAUAUUGGUAUUAGGAUUCUAUGAACCAACUAUCAGAUUUUGUUAGGGGGAAGAAUGGUAUAAUUUCUUCAAAAUUGGAAUAUAUUAAACCAAUGUGUCAAUUGAGAUGCCAAUUUUUAUCACGCAGCACAGAAAACAUAGUUUCAUCAUUGUCUUGAGUUAAUAUUGAUAUUUAUGAAGGCUUUGGCCCAAAUAAAUCAGUUAAAGGUGUUUCUAGGUGUGUAAUAUUUCUUGUGCAAGGCUGGUAGCAUCAACUCCCGGCUGACCGUGUUUGUAGGUGUGGAAUAUUUCUAGCUGUGCUAGUAUGAAUUGAAAAUUUGUAUUUCUCUUUCUUGUUUCCGUGGAAGAUGGCCAUUGAGUCUCUGGCAGUGAGGAAUGUUAAUCUAAUCCUGGAAUACGCUCCAUGACUCUACACCAUAUGCUUCUGUUCCCCAGCCUUACCUUUCUCCCCAGUGCAUGUGGUAUGAACUCUAAAUAGUAGAGCUUAAUAUCUUUCUAUCCCAUUAAACUUUUUGGUAAUUUCAUCUGUGAAAAAGAAGAAUCUGAACAGGGCAUUAUUUGUUACAUACUCCUUGAAUUAAUUUUUUUUUUUUUCAAGAG